UAGAUUAAAGGUAUGUUAUCAAUCAGUGGCAUUUAUUGAGUGCUUACUGUGUGCCAAGCACUGUACUAAGUACCUGGGAGAGUACAAUACAACAGAAUUGGUAUUCACUUUCCGUACUCACAAGAAGUUAGAGCAUACGGUCACUGAGAUUGACUUUCUAUGAGAACAGUCAUUAUGAAAGGGAUUGAUAAAACACAGAUCAACCAUUAGAGAGAAGGGUCAUCCCCAAAUUCCCACGGGAGAAAGUCUGGCCUUUCAAGAUGGACUGGGGAGAGAAUUGCUUGAUUUCAACAUACUUUCUACCCUUUUAGAAAAUCAGCCAACUCCACAAUAUCUGAACCAUAAUCAAUCAGUGGUAUUUAUUGAGCACUUACUAUGUGUGGAGAACUGUACUAAGGUCUUAAGAGAGUAUUAGGUAUCCCUCAGAAAUUACCCAUCUGUCCCUCAAUUGCAACAAAGAGGUGAGGAGUGAGAUGAGAAGCAACGUGGCCUAGUGUAAAGAACAAAUGAAUGGGACUCAGGCGACCUUUGAUGGUAUUUCUUAAGCGCUUACUAUGUGCCAGGUUCUGUACUAAGCACUCUGGGAGAUACAAGUUAAUCAGGUUGGACAAAGUCCAUGUCCCACAUGGGGCUCAGUCUUAAUUCCCUUUUAACAAUUGAGGAUUAAACAGUUGUAACCACCCCACUCAGACUCUGAGUCCCUUGUGGGACAGGGGCUGUGUCUAAUCUAGCCUAGUUUUAGGCAUGUACUAUGGGCCUAAGAAAUACCUCACUUGUCAUAAUUAAUGAUGAUUGUUAUUAACUCUGAAAAGGAGACCUUGCUUAGCAAAGGAGCAUGUACAGAUUUUGUCCUCUGAACUUUUAACUGAUACUAAGGCUUGGAGUUAGUAAAUAAAGUAAAACUUUAACUCACCCGGUCCUGUGAACUAUGCACAGGAGAUAAGGGAAGAGGAACAAAAGGCAGGAAACAGCUGUAAGAGGUGAGAAAUAUCACAUCUUGGAAAACCAGAGACAUUCAGCUUCUCCUCUGAAAGCUCUGGAGACGAGGGAAAUAACUAGAGGUCUCAAGCCCCGCUCUGCCUCGCCUUGCUACGGGACGAGUGUUUCAUUAGAAGAACAUUUCCUCUGCUACGGAAUUGUGAUUUAGCCUCCUCUGGGCCUGCAGAAAAGGAACCAUGAAAUACCUUUCAAGAUACAGGAACUACUUUGCCCUUGGGCUGAUUUUGUAUCUGAGGGUGCAGCUGUCUGUGUCAAGCACGAACAAACCCAAUAUUGUGCUGAUAAUGGCAGAUGACCUGGGAAUCGGUGACGUCGGAUGCUAUGGAAAUACCACAAUAAGGACCCCCAAUAUCGAUCGUCUGGCGAAGGAAGGCGUGAGAUUGACCCAGCAUCUCGCCGCGGCCCCCCUCUGCACCCCGAGCCGAGCCGCGUUCCUGACGGGAAGAUACCCCAUCCGAUUAGGGAUGGGCUCCAAAGAAUUCCCGCGGGUUAUUUAUUGGAACGGGGCUUCCGGAGGGCUUCCUGCUAACGAAACCACCUUUGCCAGAAUCCUGCAGCAGCAAGGUUAUGCCACCGGCUUAAUAGGGAAAUGGCACCAGGGCGUGAACUGCGAGUCCCGCACCGAUUACUGCCAUCACCCCCUCAGUCACGGCUUCGACUAUUUCUUCGGCAUGCCCUUAACCCUGCUGAAUGACUGCGAGGAGGGGAAAGGCACCGAGAUCGCCUCGCACGUCCAGAUCCGGCACCGCUUCCACACGCAGAUGAUGGCCUGGGCGCUGCUCGCGCUCACCGUCGCCAAGAUCGCCGGCUGGAUCCCGUUGGGCUGGAAGACCAUCUUGGGCUGUGCCGUCUCCGCUCUCCUCUUUUUCCUUUCCUGGUACUCCAGCUACGGGUUCCUGCGGCGGUGGAACUGCAUCAUGAUGAGAGGCUACGAAGUCACGGAGCAGCCCCUGGUCUUGGAGAGGAUGAUGCCCGCCAUCCUCAGGGAAGCCAUCUCGUUUCUGGAAAGGAACAGGCAGGGACCCUUCCUCCUCUUUCUCUCUUUCCUACACGUCCACACCCCACUUUACACCACAGAAAAAUUCCGGGGAGUCAGCCAGCAUGGCUUAUACGGAGACAACGUAGAGGAGAUGGAUUGGAUGGUGGGCCGAGUUCUCGAUGCCAUCGACAAGGAGGGUUUGCGGAAGAACACGCUGGUUUAUUUCACCUCAGACCAUGGAGGAUUCUUGGAGAUUCGGGAUGGGAACGUACAGGUUGGAGGCUGGAAUGGCAUAUACAAAGGAGGCAAAGGAAUGGGAGGCUGGGAAGGCGGGAUCCGCGUGCCCGGGAUUUUCCGGUGGCCGGGCGUGCUGCCCGCCGGCAGGGUCGUCGACGAACCCACGAGCCUCAUGGAUAUUUUGCCCACCGUGGCCUCCUUGGGCGGAGGAACCCUGCCCCGCGACAGGGUGAUUGACGGCCGGGACCUGAUGCCGUUACUGCGCGGAGACGUUCAGCGCUCAGACCACGAGUUCCUGUUCCACUACUGUGGGGUCCAUUUGCACGCCGUGAGGUGGCACCCCAAAGACGGCGGGGCCGUCUGGAAAGCUCACUACGUGACUCCGACCUUCCACCCGGUAGGAGCGGGGGCCUGCUACAGUCGCCGGAUGUGUCCCUGCUUCGGAGAGGGCGUCAGCCGGCACCAACCGCCCCUGCUCUUCGACCUCUCCCGGGACCCCUCGGAGAGCCGCCCCCUGUCCCCGCGGGAGGAGCCCCGCUUCGAGGCCGUGACCCGGAGGGUGGCCGAGGCGGUGCGGGCCCACCGGGGGACCCUGGCCCCCGUCCCCGACCAGCUGGCGCUGCGCCACAACACGUGGAGGCCCUGGCUGCAGCCGUGCUGCGGCACGUUUCCCCUCUGCGGCUGCGGCCGGGAGGCGGGCGGCCCCCACGGCGAGCUCUGAACCGGGAAGGACACGGGACGGCGGAGCCGGCCGGUGUCAUCGACCAGUCCGGUGAGACGCCGCCACGGUCCUCGUUGCUUCUUUUUCGUGGCAUUUGGGAAACGCUUACUAUGUGCCAGGCACCGUGCUAAGCCCCCAGGAGGGGAGAUACCAGAUCCUCAGGGCCCACGAGGGGCUCACAAUCUAAGAAGGCCCUGAGCAUGGGAACACGUAUCUCCUAACAAUCAAUCAUUGUAUUUAUUGAGCGCUUACUGUGUGCAGAGCGCUGUACUAAGUGCUUGGGAAGUAACUAGUGCGCUUCUCACUGCAUACCCUACAUGGGCCAGGAAAAAGUUCCAAAAACUGUUCAGAAAAGGUUAAAAAAAACUUAGAAAUAACAUGUCUACUACAUUACUACAUUGCUUUCUCCCAACCACUUAGUACAGUGCUCUGUGCACCUUAAAUGCAUAUUAUAUGGCAAGAACGGGGGUAGAUCUGGGAGUCCAGAUGAGGAAACAGGCACAGAGAAGUUUUGUGGCUUGCCCGGGGUCACGAGAAGCAGUGUGUCUAGUGGAAAGAACACAGGCCUGGAAGCCAGAGGUCCUGGGUUCUAAUCCUGCCUCGGCCACUUAGCUUGGCACAGCGCUCAGCACGCUGUAAACGUUCACCAAAUACCACGGACUGACUAAAAGGCCAAUGUGAACAAAGGACAAUUGUUGCUAUUUUUUUUUAAAAAAGGAAAUGUCACUAACCGUCUUUCCCUUGACCCGGAAGUUUCCAGGACCUUCGUGGGACUUUCGCACUUGUUAGUUUGCACGUAUACGCUAUACAGGAUGACCCCCCUUCAAUCUAUUCGUCAGUGGCUUUAUGCCUUUUUUAGCCACCAAACUGCAAGCUCCUUCUGGACAGGGAUCCUAUGUUCUUUUGUACUUUUCCAAGUACUUAGUAUUGAGCUCAGCACACGGCAGUUACUCAAUAAAUACAAUUUAUUGAUGGAGCUUUACUCCUGGGUUUGAGUGACCGUCCCUUUCUUUGGAACAACGCACAGUCACAGGUGGUCUUUCUUUUAUGCUGACGUACUCACGGCCUUGUAGCGCCUUCAGUUUGUGUCUUUCAGGGUCCCCGCUUAUCUCGGAGUUUCUUCUCUUGCCGGCCGCUUUCCAGGUGAGUCAGUAAUGGCGUU